CACACGUUACAUUUCGGAGGCAGAGUAGACCCUGAUACACGCAGGUCUCUAGCAACGCAGUAACAACGUGGUGUCUGCUAGGCAGAUGCUGGAUGUGACAUCUGGCAUUGAGCGAGAAAUACUGAAGAAUUAGAUCUCCUGUCCAUGUCCCUCGAUACUAGUGGAACCAGUGCAUACCAUGGAAACUCGAGCCUCUAAACACGCCCCUCGCAAGACAUCCUGGAGGAGCAAGGAAUGACUGUCACGUGUAAGCUGGGAAAGGACUCGUGCUCUCCACCCGACUCUCGGGAAAAUCGUGGAUUCUCAUCCGUGCCAAAAUGCACUGGACAUGAGGGAGAUGAAGGGGAAGCAGGGAUCCUGUUGGAAUCCUUUGAUGUGGAACCUCUGGGGCCCCGGGAAUGGGUUACAGCCUGCCUGAGGAGGGUGUGCACUGUCAAGACUGUGCAAAAUAAAUUUCCCAUCAUCAAAUGGUUACCCCAAUACAAUAUCGAGAAGUUGGCAUAUGAUGUCAUUGCUGGGUUCACCAUUGGGCUCACUGUCAUCCCACAGGCCAUCGCCUAUGCUGCUGUUGCCACCUUAGAACUUCAGUAUGGCCUGUACUCAUCCUUCAUUGGCUGCUUCAUAUAUUGUGUGUUUGGGAGUGUGAAGGACAUCACGAUUGGACCAACAGCCAUCAUGAGCCUCAUGGUGGGCACCCAUGUAGCCUCCUUUGGUGCCUACUAUGCAAUCCUCCUUUGCUUUCUCUCUGGUGCCAUCGAACUCCUUCUUGGACUUCUCAACCUUGGUUUUCUCAUCAACUUCAUAUCUGUGCCAGUGACCUCGGGUUUCACGUCGGCUGCAGCUGUGACCAUUGCUUUGAGCCAACUCAAGGGAAUCCUGGGUUUGGGAAAAUAUGUGGAUUCCAAUGAUUUUUUGGAAACAAUGGAACAGAUUUUCAUGAACAUCAAACAUUCCUCUUUGUGGGACAUUAUACUUGGGGUUGUCUGUUGCAUCAUCCUUCUCUUCCUUAGAAAGCUCAGGGAAUGGGACAUCACCCGGUUUUUGCAGAGGCCUCGUCUACAGUUAAUCUUGGGCAGAUUCAUCUGGCUAAUGUCAACUGCUGGAAACGCAUUAAUUGUGCUCUUUUGUGCUGCCCUUGCAUAUGGGAUCAGCGAUCCUGACCAUCCAGAAAAGAUUCCAUUCAAACUUACUGGUCAUGUGAAAGGCGGAUUGCCACCAGUUAGGCCGCCACCUUUUAGCAUCCCUGGCAAUGGCACAGAACCAGGAAAGGACUUCGGGGAGAUGAUCAAUGACCUUGGUUCAUCCAUCAUCAUCAUCCCAUUCAUUGCCAUUCUUGAGAGCAUAGCCAUUGCCAAGGCAUUUUCUCAUGGGAAACCUAUUGAUGCAAGUCAAGAGAUGAUUGCCCUGGGGCUAUGCAACUUGGUGGGUUCCUUCUUCUGUUCCAUGCCUGUUACAGGAUCCUUCUCUCGAACUGCUGUCAAUGCUGCUUCUGGGGUUAAGACCCCUGCUGGUGGCUUGGUCACUGGUGCUUUGGUGCUUUUGGCCUUGGCUCUCUUCACGCAAUAUUUCUACUACAUUCCCAAGGCCACUCUCUCAGCUGUGAUCAUCUGUGCUGUGAUCUUCAUGUUUGAAUAUGAUGAACUGAUACGCAUCUGGAAGUCCAAAAAGCUGGAUGUGUUGCCAUGGCUGGGGACAUUCCUGUCAUGCCUGUUGGUUGGACUUGAGUAUGGGAUAUUGUUUGGAGCAGGACUGAAUGUCUUUCUCCUUCUCUUAGAGGUUGCCAAGCCACGUAUUUCAGUGCAGAAGCGUCAGAUGGGGGAGCAUGAGUACAUGCUGGUGAGACCACGAGGGGAUUUAACCUUCCCAGCAACAGAAGAGGUGCGGACUACAAUCUCCAAGAAUGCCAACCAGCAUCCUGGUGUCCCCAUUAUUGUUGACUUGGAUCGCAUCACAAACGCUGACUUCACCUCUGCUAAGGCAAUGGGAGCAAUGGGAAGAGACUUGGCUGAGCAAGGCCGGGAGUUGGUGUUUGUUCAUGUUGGGAAGGGGACCAGGGAUGUUCUGGAUGCAGGGAUGCAUGGACAUUUCAAGGAUUUCCAUACCAUUAGGGAGUGGAUUCAUGAAACUCGUCCUACCGAUCCUACUUCUGCAUGUAAAGGGGACGACUCGGCUCGCACCCACUCCGAGGGAGAUACUUAUGUGCCAAGGUUCUGAAGGGAGGCAGAAGGCAACAUGGUUCCCACACACAACACUACAAACUACAACGGAGCACUUACAUCCCUUCUCAUUCCAUGGUGACCUUCAAGUCGUUAUCUUCAUUCGAUGUGGCUGUGGCAUCAAUUACCUGAAGUUCUCAUGUCUUUGGGGCAUUCUAAAUCUCAAGCUUUAUUUAUUUUUUGUGUUCUAUUUAUCCAAAGCAGUGACAUUGGUUUAUUAUUUGUAUAUUAGACUGUGUUUUACUGUCAUGACUGCAGAAGAAUGCCUCAACCUUGUGUCAAUUUCUAUCCAAUCUGAUGAUUUGCCCUUCCCUUCCUCCCCACCCCACUCCAACUGCAAAUUCUGGACACUGGAAUUCCAAGACUCAAUUUGUUUAUUCUGCUGUGACGUAAUAAAGCAUUAAAUUUUU